AUCGAGCGGCGCUAUCGCUGUAGAAAUUUUACCGUAAUCAAUACCUCUAAAUUCUAUUUGUUAUGUUGCUCAAACAAUUAGUAAUAUUUAGUUUAGGCAUAAUCUUCAGUGAGGCAGCAUUAGCUCCCCCUGAAAGACCGUACAAUAUUCUUCUGAUCAUGCCAACUUCGCCUGGAAGCCACAGAGUGUUCUUCAUGCCACUCGUCAGGGCGCUUGCCGAAAGAGGACAUAAGGUCACAGUUUUGAAUGCGCUGAAGCCUUUGGAAGGAGAACAUCCAAACAUCGUUCAAAUCAGGCAUGGUGUUACUCAUGCAAAUCCCGAUAACAUUGACUUAUUUGCCCUGAGACUUGAGCCGAUGAAGAUUUUCGAUGUAUUCGCUAGCAUUUGUCGUCUGAUGGCGCAAGAUUUCUACAACGAUCCACCUAUCAAGGCGCUGUACGAAAAAAGGGAUGAGUUUGACCUCAUAAUAUUGGACCACAUCAUUGGUGAGGCUGGACUUCCUUUCGUGCACGAGCGAACUUACAUCACGAUCAAUCCAGCGCCGAUGGACCCCAUCCAGAGCGCCCAUUUGGGCAACCUCCAGAACCCUGCGUACGUGGGCAACAUGAUCGAAGACUAUACCCGUCCCUUCUCCAUCGGCAGCCGCGUCAAGAGUCUCUUCAUUAGCCUCCUGCUUCCCCGCCUGUGGGGCUCUUCGACCAUUGAUCCAGUGGAGGAAGAGCUUCAGAAGCAGUUCCCGCAUUUGCCCCCUUUCUCUGACAUCAUCCGCAACCAAAGCUUAGCUCUGAUGAACUCCCACUUCAGCCUCGAGUUCCCAUACCCUGUGGUGCCAAACCAAAUCCAAGUGGGAGGCAUGCAUCUCAGACCUGGAAAUCCUCUCCCAGAGGACAUCGACGAAUUUCUAUCGGGAAGCUCACCUGUUGUGUACAUGAGCUUGGGAUCCAUGCUCAACAGUAGCAUCAUGCCGGAAGCUGCGAAGCAGGCCUUCUUUUCUGCCUUCGAAAAACUUCCUUUCAAAGUAAUUUGGAAAUUCGAACAAGAACCGCCUAAGCCGCUUCGAAAUGUAUUGAUGAAAAGCUGGCUUCCUCAACAAGAUGUUCUUGCUCAUCCAAAUGUGAAGGUUUUCAUCUACCACUGCGGGUGGUUGGGUUCUCAGGAGGCGGUCUACCACGGCACGGGAAUAGUUUGCCUGCCCCUCUUCGGCGAUCAGAUUAAGAACGCUGUGGCUCUUGAAAACUUGGGCGUUGCCGUUAGACUUGAGUGGUCAUCUGUUACCGAAGAAGCCAUCCUUGCAGCUGUGUAUGAAGUCAUGAACAACUCAAAAUACCGCGAUCGUGCCUCUCAAGUUUCAACGAUUUUCAAAGACCAACCGAUGAGUCCCGUGGACACGGCGGUAUUCUGGACGGAAUACGUCAUAAGACACCACGGAGCAGUGCACCUGCGGUCGCCAGAGCGUGACUUGUCGUGGGCACAGCUGCUGUACCUGGACGUGGAGGUCGUGGUGCUGUUGCUGCUCUACGCCGCUUACAAGGCCUUCAAGAAGCUGGUUGCUCUUUGUCGUGGCUUCUUCGUCUCGAGUCAGCCAUCGAAAAUCAAACAAAAUUAGUUUUUUUGAAGCUCCUGUACCUUAGUUCCUUUAAACUCAAUUAAAAUUGGCGUUUUGGCCAAAUAAAUUAUGAUCGGACAGUAUAAGUAAAACGAAUCAUCAACGAUUCAUUCUAGCAUCAUUAAAGAAGAUUUUUACAAUACGGAUCAAUCUCCAGCUAGAGUAAUAUUUAAUUGGCCAUUAUAAUCACUUUCUUAUUUUCAAAAGAGGCUGGUGAUUGUUGAGCUUUCUGUUGUCCACCAUAUAUAUGGAGAUUUGGUUCAUAUUUUUACAGAGUACUAACUUCAUUGCUUCUUUCUUCGUUGUUUUUGAUGGUGAAAUGUUUUCAUAGUUAUACAGAUUUAAAAUCAAGAUCAUAGUCGCAUAAGUUUCGUGCUGAUAUUAAAUUGUUGAUAAAAGAAAGUUUUACCGACUGACGGCUGUAAAUGAUUUUAUGGAAAAAGUUUUUGCUCGGUUGUAGUAAAGGUAAAUGUUGGGG